AUGCUCCGCAUCAAGGCCUUUCCUCCGCUCCUUGCCCAGGCCAACUCGGAUUCGGUCAUCAGCACCAUGCUGAUCACCACCGAUGGCGCAGUUAUUUCUUACUCCUCAGUCCGUGCCAAGACUGCCGGCACGGCUGCCGGGGCCGGCUCCUCCGUGCCGCCGGGUGCCGCUCCGGGCGUCACUGCGGGUGACAUUACCGACGCCGAAGCCGCCGGGGCAAUGAUCCGCGCCGAGAUCGCCCAAGCCCCCGCCAAUGGUCCGGGAACUGUCCCACUCGAUGAGGCAGACUCGCAUUUCGACUCGGCCGGGCCCCUGUCCCGGCAGAGCCGCGACAUUGCCGUGGCCGCUGCCGCCGCCUGGGCACAGCACACCCGCGCUGCGCAUGCCGCCUUCAACAUCACCUCGGCUCCCUCGAUUCCGGGGGCCUUGGUUCCGCAGCACGCCGGGGCCGCCGGCGAGGAGCAGCUCUCCACGUUGGUCAUCAUGUGGGAAAAUGCUGCCUUCGCCGUGGCACGAGCUGCCCGCUUCCUGGUGGUUCUCCACUCGCAGCCUGUGUCAGCUUCCGUGGCUCUGGGGCCACUCCGCACGAAGGCCACUGCGCUCGGAGAACUUCUGUCGACCUCCCUGCGAGACAUCCACCUGCCGCAUUGA